AUGGAGAUAUGUGAUAUUCUGCAAGAAUUCCACGAUGAGAUUGAAAGUGUCACAACGCUCCGUCAACGCCAGAGCAUCGCAGAUCGGUUCAUAGCAAAAGCGGAGGCUCUGCACUCCGCCGUCAUAGAAGCAAUCCAAUGGGUCGUAAGCUUCAGCCCUCCCUCGAGGGAUGCUCAGCGAACCCUUUACGACAGUGAUAUGCGUAAUUACUAUCGUCUAUGUGCCCAAUGGUCCCCACAAAGGGUAGACUACUACCGGUGGAAAGACGGCGGCACGGAUUUCCUCCGCAUGCUAGCACAUAUCGCCGCCGAACAUCAUCGGUGGGAAGACUUUGUUCGCCAUGCCAAUCGAGUCAUGUUUGAGCGCCAUCUGUCGUGUUUGAAAUCAUCUUCAGGACAAAAGAUCGGAGACCAUCACCUCAAGGCUGGCGUCCAAGACCCGCGUUCGCCCCUUAUUAGCCGCGACUUGAAAAGGCUUCGUGACAGGGAUCAUGAGGUCGCUGUAGACCUACAGCUCUUGCAGAAGUGGCUCGAUGUUGAUCCAUCCAUUUUUGAGACCGUUGACCCACAGCGAUUUGUCGAGCACUUUGCAAUUCAAAAGGAUAAAUACGGAAUGCUCAUCCGGAGGCAAAAGGACGAGCAGCUCUUGAGUAGGAUGAAGCGAGCGAGGUCUCCGGAGUGCCACAGCAGCUCGAUCAAUCUAAGGGCCCAUCGACGACGAUUUGAUGCAACCAUCGAUACAAGGUGUGCGACCCAACACACGGCCCGCGAAGGUCUACCAGAAAAACAAAUUGUUGCAAACAUCGGUACAAGGCGUGCAACCAAGCGCAUGACCCGUGAAGGUCUAUCACAGAGAAAAGAAGAUGACCACGAGGGCGAAGGCGUACGGGCAGGCUCCAGCGGUACCCGUGAGCUCAACGAAGCCGAUAAUAAUCAUGGCAUGGUGGCAGAAGAAGACACUAGGGCCACACCAUGUGAAUGCGCAGGAUCUCGCUGCUUUCUGCCUGCAGAUGCCCAUCCCUACCUGAAACAAUCGUACCAACAUGCACUAGACCGCCAUGAGCAGUUCCGACCGAAUGGUCAAUGCGAUGCGAACCUCUCAUGGAUCGCUCGGAUGAGACUUGCAAAAGAGCACGUCGCUUCGGGUUCGGAGCUUGGCAAGUGCGAUGAUGCCGAUGUAAUUGUUAUGGACCCCGGCUAUGUUGUCAUGUUGCAAAAGCCGCGCCAAUUCUCCGUCGAGUCCUGCGCUUUGUGUCUUACCUUACCAAUUCUCCAGUCGCGAAAGCCGGUUCCAUCGCAUGCCGCACAUCGCACCUCGUCCCUGCAAUCGCUCGUAAUUUCAUGA